AGUCCUUUCAAGUUUCACUCAUAGUCAAGCGAGCGAGACAUCCAUUCGAUCCCAGAUGCUUUCUAUCAAAAACGCCAUUUUACCACAACCCCCAAGCUUUGGGAAGAAAAGAAACUACGAAGUCCAUCAAGUAUUAGGUGAAGGCACUUUCGGGAAAGUAGUGCGAGCAACGUGGCACGUUCCUCCGGAACAGGUCGGACUAGCCGAGCAUGGGGCAGCAGCAGAACUUGAAGUCGAGGCACCGUCACCCAAACCUAAACGAAGUCUUUCGGUGGGCUCAGGCAAUAAAGCUCCGUCUAGAUCUUCGACAAACUCUCCCGCCCCGUCGCACAGCUCUGCGCUCGGUAUCGUGAAAGAUGUAGCCUUGAAGAUCAUACCAAAGAAGAAGGUCAAAGGUAACGAGGCGAGUGUUUGGGGUGAGAUGGAGGUUUUGAAAGGUCUCGAUCACCCCAAUAUCGUUAAAUUCUAUGAAUGGUUCGAAUCACGAACCAAAUAUUAUCUUUCAUUCGAGCUCGCCGUAGGCGGAGAGUUAUUUGAGAGGAUACUCAACAAGGGGAAAUUCACUGAACAGGAUGCGGUUAUGGUUGUGAGGUCAAUAUUGGCUGGUGUCAAAUACCUUCAUGACCACGAUAUCGUCCAUCGUGAUCUUAAGCCAGAAAACAUACUCUAUCGUACCCGGGAGGAAGACAGUGACAUAGUAAUUGCUGAUUUCGGAAUCGCUAAGCAUCUGCAUUCACCAGAAGAGCAGUUGCAUUCACUUGCCGGUAGCGUUGGUUAUGUUGCUCCAGAAGUACUACUCAAUGAAGGACAUGGAAAGGCUGUGGACACAUGGAGCACAGGAAUCAUCACCUACGUUCUGCUUUGUGGUUACUCUCCAUUCCGGUCUGAAGACACCAAGACACUAAUCAGAGAGACAACCGAGGCAAAGAUCGAGUUUCAUGAAAAAUACUGGAAGAACGUUAGUAAAGAAGCAAAAACGUUCAUACGUUCGCUCUUAAACCCUGAUCCGACGAAAAGACCAACAGCAAGCGCAGCAUUGAAUGAUGCGUGGUUAACUACUCAUAAGCCCUCUGCCGAACAUGAUCUUGGCGUCGGGCUUCGAGACCACUUCGAUCCACGCGCUCGAUGGCGUUCGGCAAUUGCCAGUGCUAGGGCAAUCAGCCGACUCAAAAGUACCAUUGGUAGUAGAAACCUCGAAAAGAGCUCGUCUACUAGUAGUGGGGGAUGGGGACCAAGUCAUACGACAACUGGAAGUGAAAGCAAUGUUACCACUGACGACGAGGACGAGGAAGUCGGUUGGAGGAACUCCGAAGCAAGCCAGUCCCCGGAGACUGGUUUGAGUGAGGCAAGGAAACUUGGUAGCCAUGAACCUGGGGAUAAUGCCAAUGUCACAGUGACUGCCCCCGACGAAGAUCACCCACAUGAAAAUGGGGUCCGGACUCCCACUUCUCCUGCCAUAUCCCUGAAAUCACUCCCACUGCCGGCUAAUCAACCUUCGACGCCAUCAGAAAGGAGAGAUGAUGUCUCUGCACCCGAGGAAUCGCCCUCUAGCAUUCGUCGAGAUAGGGAUGACGAUAUGGCACUCCAGAUGCCUGGGUCAUUCAAUCUCGAGGAUGAUGAACCAUCCCAUCACUCGUGGAAUGACUUGCUUUCCAGAUUGUCACUGUCGGGGAAUAGGACGAGGCAGACUCAGAAAUGAGUAUACCCAGUCCUGGGGGUUUCGUUACGUUUACGUUUUUUUACGAAUUAAGAUCUACUUAAGUAAUGUAUUUAUGUUAAGAUGGAGGGAUGAGAGGUUGGUCAAAAUGUAUAAAUAGGCAAUGGUUCUAAGUAGCAGGGUAUUCCUUUCUUGCCAUACUUGAUAUCACCUCGCCCAUCAGCGCUGGUUUUCCUUCGGAAUCCCGAC